AUCUAGUUUGCGUUGUCUUGUCGGUUGUUAAAUGUAGGAAAAUCUAAUUCAACAAUUAUUGCUUUUAUCACAGAAUAAGUAAUAGUACUCUUUAUGUACAAAAGCUAACAAGUCAUUCAUUCGUGUUCUCAAAUUGAACCAUGUUUUGAAUUAAUAGUUUUAUAUUAGAAACUGUUAAAGAGAGGUUAAGUGUCAACAAAACAGGGCGCCGUUUAGACGGCAAAACACUUAGUUUUUCAGUUUUUACACCAUAUUUCUAAAUGAAUAGUGAAAAGAGGAAUGCCCGGGGCCGUGGCCGAGGUAGAGGCCGGGGCCGGGGUCGCGGAAGAGGCCGUGGUCGCGGCAAGAAAGUGCCGAAGGUGAUGUCUUCUGAUGAAGAAGAGUGUUCUGUUGAAGAAAGUUCACAAGACCAGGAGGAGUCUUUAACUACUGAGGAGGCAAAGGAAGAGGCUGAACAAGCCGAACCCCCUAAACUGGAAGUCCCUUCCGACAUAUCACAACUAGAAGCCCCAGUAUUCACAACACUGCAGCGUGGCCCGCCAGAACCCAUGCUGCAUUUGGACUGGGACCACCGUGCAGCACUCAUUGGGGAAAAAGUCCUGAACCCCAUGAUAUACUGCUGUGAUAUCUGCUCAAAGCCUAUACUUAUAUAUGGUAGAAUGAUACCAUGCAAGCAUGUGUUUUGCCUUUCUUGCGCGCGAGCAGAUCACACACACUGUCCACGGUGUAGGGAAAAGGUUCUGCGCGUGGAGCAGACAGGCCUCGGCACGGUGUUCAUGUGCACGCACGCGGGCACGCGCUACGGCAACACGGGCUGCCGGCGGACAUACCUCUCUCAGAGGGACCUACAGGCGCACAUCAACCACCGCCACGUGUCGGGCGCCGAGCCGCACGCCGCCGCCGCCGAGCCCGCCGCGCUCGCCAUCGUCAAACCCAUCUCCGUCGGAAGCGGGGUUGGGGCGUCCAACGACCCGCGGCACGCGGUGUCGACGCGGCGGAAUCUCAUCACGGUGCCCAUUCAGGACCCGGACCCUAAUUAUUACAAUUAUUAUCAGCAACCCGUGGCGCCGGUAGGGGCGAGCGUGGGCACUAGCGGGGCGCCCGCGACGGCGGCCGCUGGCGGCGGCGUGCUGCACAACAUGAGCGUGCCGCCGCCGCAGUACUACGCGCCCGGCGCCUACCCGCCCUCCUACUCGCAACCGCAACCGCAACCAGGCGGCAGCCUGGCCCCGGCCGCGGCGGCGCCCUCGCCGGCCGAGCGCUGGCCGGAGGGCUACGCGCCCGCCUGGCCGGCGCACUACUACCGGUAGCGCCCGCCUGACCGCCGCACUACUACCGGUAGCGCCCGCCUGACCGCCGCAAUACUACCGGUAGCCGCACCGGGACUCGCUAUAGUGUGUACCAACAGUGUGGAACGCCAUGCCUAUUAAAUUAACGCGCCAUCGUAAACCUUAUUGUACGAUUCCCACCGACCGGCUGGAGUCGGGCCGCGCCGGAGCGCAUUUUCAAUGUGCCUAUACGUAUGCAGAAGCGAUGGCGUCCGUCCGGAGCUGUCCGCGAGGGCUUGCACCGUACAAAUGUGAAAUGCGCUCCGACUCCUCCCGUUCGGUGGGAAUCGUACUUACUGGAAUGCAUGAAAUAACGGUUAGUGUAAAAAAACGCAAAGUCUGUAUUACACUAACCGUGCGCGCCAGGUGUAGUAGGGUAAGUGCAUUGAGUAUGCACUUUUGUCUCAGGCGAUGCGACGAUUAGGUCAAACAAAGCUUUUGACCCGGUAGCCACGAGAUGGUAGCGUGCAUACCCCCCAAAAAGGGGGAGGGGUGAAAGGAUCGGCUCCCUAGGUCCAAUAUAUGCUAUAUUUCUUCCUGUUCAUAGCAACUAAAGGCAAGUUAUAAUCAUUUUCGUAUAGUUUGGAGACUAGGAAUUUAUUUUUGAAAUAAUUAUUAUACCUUUCCAUACAACGCAUAAAUUGGACCUGGGAAACUGACCCUUUCACUCCCCCUUUUUGGGGGGUAUGCACGGUACGAUCUCGUGGCUACCGGGCCAAAUUAGCUUUGUUUGACCUAAUCGUAUCCGUAAUCCUAAGGAACAAUCGUGCCAAGCGGCAUCGCCUGAGACAAGUGCAUACUGCUCCAUACAUUUAGACGCCUCAUCACGGACGCCUCGCCACACGCCCCAUUAAGCGUCUCCUCAGUUUGUACACUGAGAGGGAAGGAAAGAUUAGACGUUAUAUGUACUCGUGAACGUCCAGUGCAUAAUAAUAAUGCGAUUAUUGCAUCUGAUUUUCUCGUGUAUGAAUUUUAUUAUAACAGCGGUCGGCAACCGUUUAGCAGUCAAGGGCCACAUAAGUAGUUAGCGAAGUUGAAGCGGGCCGCACUUUGUUAAUAUUUGUGAUUUUAUCAUACAGUCGGGUGUCAACAAUACAUACAAAAUAGCCAGGCAGGCUCGCAGGCCGCAAGCGAGAGGUUCGUGGCCGCCUGUUGCAGACCGCUGAAUUAUAAUAUUGUUCCGAUCGUUCCUCAAAA